CUCGUGUGGUCGGCCAACACAACUCGCGGCUCAAACGAUACCAUCGAGCUCCCUAGCUAUGAUCCACGGCCUGCGCCGGCGUACAUGGUGGACAACCAGCACAACUACUACAAGACUGCGCCAGACAAAGGAAAGCAUAAUGGUCCAGUAUGGGCCUAUUCAGGGAGCCUGGAUAAGUACAUGAGCAAUCUUCGAGAGGGGAGAGUGGUACGCGGUGGCUAUGUCGGGUCCAACAAGACCAUAACCACCACUGUCACGUCCCCUUCCAACCGCUCAACGAUACAGGCCACUGACUAUUGGCUCAAGACUCUGGGACCGCUGGGCGCUCAACCGCACGCUGGUGGGAGCGACUACCAGUUCUUUCGGAAUGUGGUUGAUGACUUUAAAGCCGACAACGAAGGAGGGUCGGACGCGACCGAGGCGAUCAACGCCGCCUCGGCCGCCUGGAACAAGGAGUCGGUCGGCGGCAGCAAGACGCGGUGCGGCGAAAAGUGCGGCAACACCUUCUCGCAGGGCGCCGUCGUCUUCUUCCCGGGCGGCACCUACAAGAUCUGCUCGCCCGUGAUCCAGUACUACUACACGCAGUUCGUCGGCGACCCCAACGACAUGCCCAUCAUCAAGGGCUGCGACGAGUUCCAGGGCAUCGCGCUGUUCGAUGUCGAUCCGUACAUCCCCGGCGGGUCGGGCAAGCAGUGGUACAUCAACCAGAACCAGUUCUUCCGCCACAUCCGCAACUUCAGGUUCGACCUCCGCGACAUGCCCGAGUCGACGGCCGAGAACGACCAGGACCUGGUGCCGACGGGCAUCCACUGGCAGGUGUCGCAGGCCACGACGCUGCAGAACCUCGUCUUCGACAUGCCCACCUCCAAGACCACGACCGCCGUGGGCAUCUUCACCGAGAACGGCAGCGGCGGCUUCGUGUCGGACCUCACGUUCAACGGCGGCAACAUUGGCUGGCGCGCGGGCUCGCAGCAGUACACGGCCCGCAACCUCGUCUUCAACAACUGCAACACGGCCGUGCAGAUGGUCUGGGACUGGGGCUGGAACUGGCAGCAGGUCACGGUCAAGGGCGGCUCCAUUGCCUUCAACAUCUCGGGCGUCGGGGGGGACACUGGCCAGGGCAUCGGCAGCGUGUCCAUCAUCGAUUCCACCAUUAGCGACGUGGACACGGGCGUCUUGACCAACAGUCUUGCCCAGUCGCCCAACAUUGUCCUCGACAACACCAAGUUCACCAACGUGGCCACUCCGGUCAGGGCGGCCGGCGGAGGCACUCUCCUGUCCGGGAACUCGGACCUGUGGGCCACGGGCAAGCGAUAUAACGGCGACAAGGGCUCGACAGAGACCGGCACGGUGACGGCUCCAGCUAGGGGUAAAGGCCUCAAUAACAAAGACGGACAGCUCUAUGUGCGCUCGCGUCCGCAGUACGAAACUCUCGGUACCGGGUCCUUCUUGAUCGCCACGACGGAUGGAGGGUGCAAAAACGAUGCCACGGGUGAUCAGGCGUCCUGCAUAAACAGCUUCCUGCGAAAGGCCCUGGAUCAGAAAAAGGUUGCCUACUUUCCGGCCGGAGUGUACGCUGUCGGAUCCACGGUCAACAUCCCCACCGGCUCAGUCGUGCAGGGCACCCUGUGGUCUCAGAUACUGGGGUCGGGCUUUUACUUCAGCGACAUGCAGAGCCCCAAGGUCAUGGUCCAGGUCGGCAACAAGGGCGAGAUUGGCACCAUGGAGAUCACCGAGAUGCUGUUCUCGGUGCGUGGUGCCACGGCUGGUGCUAUCAUGAUGGAGUGGAACGUUGCAGCCUCCGAGCAGGGAGCAGCUGCCAUGUGGGACUCGCACUUUAGGGUCGGCGGAGCCAUCGGCACUGACCUCGACUUGAGCAAGUGUCCCAAGUUCAGCAACAAUGCCGACUGCAUCGCCGCCUCGCUCAUGUUCCGUGUGACGAGGCAGGCAAACGGCUACUUUGAAAACGUGUGGGCGUGGGUGAGCGACCACGACAAUGACGAGUCCAUCUACGACCAGCCCGACUCGAGCUCGACGCAAAUCUCCAUCUUUGGCGCCCGCGGCAUGCUCAUCGAGUCCGAGGGCCCCUCGUGGUUCUACGGCGGAGGCUCCGAGCACUCGGUACUGUACAACUACCUCCUCAGCGGGGCCAAGAGCAUAUACCUGGGUCACAUCCAGACUGAGUCUCCCUACUACCAGCCCAACCCCAGGCCGCCGGAGCCGUUCCGCGCGGCUGCCUCGUUCCCCAAUGACCCCAACUUCAGCGAGUGCGAGAUCGUGGCCGAUGUCUGGGAUGAUCGCUGCAACUACGCCUGGGGCAUGCAGAUUGUCAACUCCCAAGACGUCAUGAUACACUCGGCCGGGCUGUACAGCUUCUUCAACGAGUAUUAUCAGGACUGUAUCCCCACCCACAACUGCCAGGACCGCAUCCUCGAGGUCAAGGGCUCGACCGGCGUCGUCAUCUUCAACCUGUUCACAGUGGCUACUAUCAACAUAGCCAGCGGUAUCGACGACACCAAUGUUCCCCAGGCAGACAACCAGCGUGGCUUCACCACAGAGGUCAGUGUCUGGGUGCCGCUUCCCGGGUUUGAUCACCUCGACAUCGUGUGGGUUGGCACAGAGGUCUGGGACUCGCCCACGGUGAGCUGCCCAAGCAAGUCUUGCCAGCUCAUCAUCCCAACCAGGUCGGUGGGGUCAACUACCAUCCGGCCCAGCAGCUUCACAACCUCGCUCGAGUAUGGAGGCUUCUCCAGCACCACGAUUGGCGGCGUGGGAACCACCGUCUUUGAGACCUCGACCACGACCGUGACCAUUUCUGUUCCCUCUGUCGUAACCGACGGCAUCGGACACUCCAAUGUCAACGUGACAUCGUCUGGCGCAGUGCCCAUCACCGUCUUCCCAAGCGUGGACCUUGACCCUGUUGUGGUGACGCUGCCCGACGGCCAAGGCAGUUCAACAGACAGAACUAUCACCCUGCCGCCCUGGCCUCAGAUUGAGGGCGGUCCAUCCAUGAGCUAUACAGACCCAGCCACCCUGCCAUCCAACAGUGGCUCUGGCCCGGCCACCAGCACGACAUACUAUACUCCCAUCACCAGCCGCAUCACAGUAGGCGGGGCCACGGUGACGACGGUCACGUUCCCGGGCUCGACCGCGGCCAUCACCGUCCACUGCCCGACCGAGACGUCCAUUGUCUUUGCGACACCCCGGAUUGCCGUCGGCACAACAUGUACUGACGAAGCUGACCGCACGCUCAACUUUGCCUGUCCGACGACCCGCGUCUUCACCUUCCUCGGGCCCGCGACUGCUGUGGCCACCGUCGACUGUUCGCUGGUCACGGCCUGGAAGACCGGCUCUGCCGAUCCCACCCCUGAUCCGCUUCCUGUGUUCACGCGCUGGCCAUCUUACGGCCAUAUCGAGCCCGAGGAGCAGGAGCGUGACAAGCCCGAGCCUGACGACGACGGUGUGCACGUGCCCUGCGCGUCCUGGUUCUUCUUCUUCUGCAUCUCGUGGGGACAGGUGCGUGUGCGUUCCUGGUACUGGAUCCUGCCGCCGGGCAUCUACGGGCCGAUGCCUCCCCCGAUCAACAUCAUCCGGCCCCCGCCCGGCGUCACCUUGCGUGGGAACCUGCCCAACUGGCCCAAGUUCACCAUCGGGCCGGACCGCCAGCUUACGACCGAGUCGGAGCGCGAGUGUGAGAAGCAGACGGCCGAGGCCUGCACGACGACCAACUACGUGUCGGACGGCACAACGACGUCGUCAACGACGCUGUGUGAAACCAUCACCGGCUGCUCCACCACCGUGUCUGAUGAAACCACGGAUGUCGUCGGGGACCAGACAGCGGCCCCCAUCGGCACCUGGGGAGACGAGCUCUGGGCAACGCAGACGCUUGGCGAAGACUACACUCGCCAGGUCUUCGCCGCUCUCAGAUCAGAAAUGAACCGCGAGAAGAGCAGCGCCGGCGGGACGACCAUCUCCUCGACCUCAGGUCCGACCGCAGGACCAACAUGCCGUGGCGGAACCACGGCCUGCGGUGGCACCAUCUGCUCGGGCUACUGGUGCCAGCCCACCCCGACCGGCCCUCCGCCCGGCUUUCGUGAUCCCAAAGACCCCAACUCGGACGACUACACGGCGCCCACGACCACCGUCUCAAGCAGCACCUCCUCCACCACCCCCAACGACCCCAAGCCCACUACGCCGCUGGAGCGAGGCCCAAUCCAGUGCUUUGACGAGGCCGAUUUCCCGGGCCACGGGGACAUCAACCCCGACUCUCAAGAUGACUUCUCCCAAGAGUUCAGCAACCUGCGAGGCGGUGUGGCAGACGACUCCAUCGGGCCUGACUCUUCACCCUGGGAGCUCCGCAAGAAGGACGGCCACGGCAUCAACUACUGGUUCAAGGCCGAGUGGGUUACCGGCUGCGUCACCACCGUCGACAAGCAGAGCUUUGGCUUCCCGCUCGGCUCGCCCAGCCUAAUCACCGCGUACCUGCUGGUUCGAGAGGACUUUACAAAGUGUGAGUUGUCUUCAGGACACUACCUUUUUCUACUUUUCCACGAGCAAGAAACGAACAAACUAAUGUCUUCCAGGCAAUAA